AUGAGUGGGAAUGAAACAUGUUGGAAAGAUUUUAGACUGCCGAAGGACUUGGUGCCUCAAUCUUAUGAGAUUCUUAUUCAUCCUGAUCUUGAACGAUUUGAUUUUCGUGGCUGGUCGUGUGUGGAGGUGGUUGUCAAUACAAGCGUUAACUACAUUGUCAUGCAUACCAAAGAUCUCAAUAUCACCAUAAAUGAUAUACGCUAUAAAAUUUACUCAGAAAAGAUAGAAGUUGAGAGGCACUUUAUCAUUGAGAAAUGGGAGCUAUUGGUCAUUAAACUGUCUUCUCAUCUUCUGAGACAUUCUGCCGUCCUAAUCAAUAUAUCCUUUGAAGGAAUACUCAACGAAGUUGCACAGGGAUUUUUUCAAAGUUCCUACAAAACAAAUGAUACCAAAAGAUAUUUAGCUGCAGCACAGAUGGAACCAACUUACGCCAGAACUGUCUUCCCCUGCUUUGACGAGCCACAGAUGAAAGCAGAGUUCAAGAUGAACAUUAUCAGACCAAAGCAUUACAUUUCAUUGUUCAACACUGAAAAAAUAUCAGAAAAAGAAGUGUCUUCGAACGAAACGAUGGACACUUUCCACACCUCCCCAAAAAUGAGUACCUACUUGCUGGCGUUUCUUGUGUGUGACUAUUCGUCGAAAGCCCUCCUCACUAAGAGCGGGACUCAUGUUACAUUGUAUGCUCCGGAAAAUAUAAUAAAUCAUGUUGAUGUUGCUCUUGAUACUGCUGUGAAGCUUAUUGACUUCUAUGAAAUUUAUUUAGGAGUCAAGUACCCUCUCUCGAAACUUGACAUUGCAUCCUUAUCUGGUUUGGAUAAUGGUAAUACAAUUGGCUGGGGUUUGAUGUUUUACGAUCCGAUGUUCCUGCAUUUUGAUCAUGUAAAACAUGGGGAAUAUGAAAAACAGCUUUUGACGCAGUCGUUGGCUCGAGAGUUGAUUUUUCAGUGGUUUGGCAACUUAGUGACCAUGAAAUGGUGGGAUGACUUUUGGGUGUAUAAAUCUUUUGGAAUGUUUCUACAAUACGUUGGGGCAGAUCACCUCCUUCCAGGCCAUCAGAUGAGGGAGAGGCUUUUUAGUAGAACAACGCUUCAAUCUCUGUCGACGGCUAAUUCACGCGUGCUUUCUGUUCCCGUUGAAAAUCCCAAUCAACUUCCGGAAUUAUUUGAUCACGUCAAGUAUUGCAAAGGUGCCUCAAUCAUUCAAAUGCUAGAAAGUGUUAUCGGACCUGAAAUAUUCCAAAAAGCUGUAAAAAAUUUUUUAACCGAACACGAGUUCAAGAGUGCCAAAAGUAGCGAUUUGUGGGAAUCGUUCACUAAGGAGGUCAGUUAUAACAGCCAUUUAAUUAUAUUUUUCAUUGAGUUUGUCCACUGCUUUUGCUCAUUAGUCCAGUGGCUCUCUCAACAUCGACGUGAAAGAAAUGAUGGAUACGUGGACUCAGCAGAUGGGGUUCCCUCUAGUCAGCAUAAGCAGGAACGGCCGGCAGGUGACAUGUCGCCAGGAGAGGUAUGUCGUCGUUGA